UACUGGGAAUAUAUACCUAGGCAUAUUUAGAGAAAAUCUAAACAUUAAAAAUUCGACAAUGAAAAGACAUAAGGAAACUAACCUGUAGAAUCAAAGAGGAUCGUUCCUCUUUGGUAGAACACCUCAACCUCAAACUUCAAAGUUUGUUAUGACGUGACCUUUCGAAGUUUUGUUAUCCACAUCAGAACUUUAUAGAUAUAUAUGAUUUUUGCGCACUGAUAUUUAUCGUUUCUCUCUACCAAUGUAAAUUUUUUAAGUUCAAUACCGCUAAUGAUUCAUAGGAUAUCAAUUUCCUGAAAUAAAAUUCGUCAAUAUCAAACAUGGGUAACGUAGAUACCAAAUUAAGUUUCAGACAAGCUGUUGUGGAAUUAACCACAAAUGCUGAGCCAAUUGAUGCUGGCAAUGAGUCCUUUUGGGAACAGUUUUGGUCGGAAAAUGUAACAAAUGUACAGGACGUUUUCACUCUGGUGCCUGCAGCAGAAAUAAGGGCUUUACGAGAAGAGGCCCCUUCUAAUUUAGCUACCUUAUGUUAUAAAGCUGUUGAAAAGCUCGUUAAGGUUGUUGAUAGUAGUUGUAGAACGCAGAAGGAACAACAGACAGCCUUGAACUGCGCAAGACUUUUAACAAGAAUUUUGCCCUAUAUUUUUGAAGACCCAGAGUGGAAGGGUUUCUUCUGGUCCUCAUUGCCGAGCCAAGGAAAUGAUGAAGAUGAGUCGACUCCUUUGGCUCAAUCCUUACUAAAUGCAGUUUGUGAUCUUUUAUUCUGUCCAGACUUUACAGUAGUAGGUGGUAGAAAAAAUGGUCCAGAUAAGGCUGAGGAAUUAUCCUCAAUCGACAGCUGUGAAUAUAUAUGGGAAGCAGGUGUUGGUUUCGCCCAUUCGCCUGCUAAAAACCCAAAUUUUGAAUCAAAUAGGACCGAAUUAUUGAAAUUAUUAUUGACCUGUUUCAGUGAAACUAUGUAUCAUCCUCCAACUGAUAUUUCACAUCGUCUAAACAAAUGGAUAGCACAUCUUACAUCAUCUGAAAAUAGACAUGCAUUACCCAUGUUCACUUCCUUACUGAACACUAUGGCUUCUUAUGAUCCUGUUGGUUUGGGAGUUCCUUACAAUCAUCUAAUUUUUAAUGAUUCUCUUGAACCACUUGUUGAAGCUUGUCUUCAAAUUCUCAUUGUUACUUUAGAUCAUGAUACAAGUGCCACUACUUCGGCUGAAGGAGAAGAUACUUCAAUUCCAGACAAUCUCUUCAUUAACUACCUCUCGAGAAUUCACAGAGAUGAGGAUUUUCAUUUUAUUCUGACAGGUAUCACAAGAUUACUCAAUAAUCCAUUGAUCCAAACUUACCUUCCGAAUUCUACAAAGAAAGUACACUUCCAUCAAGAGUUGCUGGUGUUUUUCUGGAAGAUAUGCGACUACAAUAAGAAAUUCCUAUAUUUUGUGCUGAAAAGCAGUGAUGUUCUUGAAGUACUUGUUCCGAUUCUUUAUCAUUUGAACGACUCCAGAGCUGAUCAGUCAAGGGUUGGUUUAAUGCAUAUUGGUGUAUUUAUUCUUCUGCUCUUAUCUGGAGAGAGGAAUUUUGGGGUUAGGUUGAACAAACCUUAUACAGCCACAAUACCAAUGGAUAUUCCAGUUUUCACUGGAACUCACGCAGAUCUCUUGAUAAUUGUCUUUCAUAAAAUCAUUACAACAGGACAUCAAAGACUUCAACCUUUGUUUGAUUGUUUAUUAACGAUAUUAGUGAAUGUUUCCCCAUAUUUGAAGACUCUCUCAAUGGUUGCCAGCACUAAACUUCUGCAUCUUCUAGAGGCUUUCAGCACUCCUUGGUUCUUAUUCUCUUCCCCAUCGAACCACCAUUUGGUUUUCUUCCUUCUCGAAAUAUUCAACAACAUUAUCCAAUACCAGUUUGACGGGAACUCCAAUCUGGUUUACACUAUCAUCAGAAAACGUCAAGUUUUUCACAGUCUGGCUAAUCUGCCUGUGGAUUAUGGCACGAUAUCAAAAUCUCUGAACAAAAGGGCUAAAAAGCUCUCUACGGGAGUUUCUCAUGAGAACGUUUCCGAAGUACCUAUGGAAGGGUCGAAACCAGCUCUUCCAGCUGAACCUGGAACUCUGAAAGCGACUUUGGCUGAUACGCCAAACAUUGCGCAAAUGACUGAGAGAGAAUCCGCGCAUCCAAACUUCCAGCAUUUUGAGCAGGUUACAUUGACAAAUGGAAUGACCACUGUAAGCAUUAAUGCUCCAGAUAUGGGUCAAGAAGGAAGCUGCGAUAUACUACCAGGUCAAAAGAAUGAGGCGGCACCUGACACCAAAGAAACCCGUUCCAAAAGUCCCAGCAGCAGUAUGGUUGGAAGCACCUACUCAAAACGUAGUGUGGCCACUAAAAACAGCCUUAGAGUUACCGAAGUACCGGAGGGUUCGAACAACCAAUGGGUACCUACUGGAGAAUGGGUUCACUCUUGGAAAUCCAAAUUACCCUUACAAACCAUAAUGAGGCUACUUCAAGUCUUGGUGCCUCAAGUGGAAAAAAUUUGCAUUGACAAGGGUCUGACUGACGAGAGUGAAAUCUUGAAAUUCUUGCAACAUGGUACUUUGGUCGGUCUCUUGCCAGUUCCUCACCCGAUUUUGAUAAGAAAAUAUCAAGCUAAUUCGGGAACGACGACAUGGUUUCGUACAUACAUGUGGGGUGUUAUAUAUUUGAGAAACGUCGACCCUCCAAUAUGGUACGAUACUGAUGUGAAACUAUUUGAAAUUCAACGGGUUUAGGUUAGUUUCAUUUUUUGAUUAUUUAUUUAACUUAUUUUUAAUUUAUUAUUAUAUAGUUUAUGUUUAGUUUAACUGUGAUGAUUCCUCAUAAUUCGGACACAGUAAUAAUGAUUGUGCAUUUAUAUUGCUUCAAGCAUUUCCAAACUUAAAAUCUGAAUUACGCUUAGCUGGAUAAUUAAGUUACCUAUGAUUUACCAUGGAAUUUGUACUUAGCCUUUAUUGUGAGACAAUUUUACUUUCAUUCAAGUGCAUUUAUUAAUUUGAAAACAAGACUGCAUAUUUCACAUUCAUUCCUUUUUGUGAUUAUUCCAACUCAAAUGUAAUCGAGGAGUUGACAAAAUAGUUGAGUUUUAUAUUGUAAUUAUCAUUAUUCAAGAGCUUUAUGUUAUCUUUGUGAAAUUGAAUAUUGAAAAUAUAUUAUGGAAUUUAA